AAUUACUUCAUCUGGUUAACCUUAAGUAAUGAAUAUUGGUAUAACCUUGUGCUUUUCAGAUUUACAUUGCGAGAGUUUUGGUCUAUUAUAAAAAAAUAUUCGUGAUCGUCCGGUAUCCUGAGUAGUAUAAUGUCACGAAUGUUAAUUAAUUUAAUUCCAUGUGCCAAACAAUUGGUUACAGUAACUUCAUCUCCAGUCAUAAGAUGUUUAGGCAAGUUUCAGUUAAAUAAAAAUAUUCGAUGUCUCUCCGACAUUUCAUAUUUAGUUGAUCGACCAAAGAUUGCCAAACCAGCACCCGACUUCUCAGGAACUGCAGUUAUAAAUGGAGAAUUUAAAAAUAUAAAACUGAAAGAUUACCAUGGGAAAUACAUAGUUCUUUUUUUUUAUCCAUUAAAUUUCACUUUUGUUUGCCCAACAGAAUUAAUAGCCUUCAGUGAUAAAAUGGCUGAGUUCAAAAAAUUAAAUACAGAAGUUAUAGGUGUUUCAACCGAUUCUCAUUUUAGUCACUUGGCUUGGACUAAUACACCUAAAAAUGAAGGUGGCUUGGGGGGAGAUUUAGGAUAUCCAUUGCUCAGUGAUUUAAGCAGAAAAAUUUCAGUUGCCUACAAUGUCCUUAUUCCUGAUGAAGGAAUAGCUCUUAGAGGUCUUUUCAUAAUUGACAAAGAUGGAAUUCUACGACAGAUUACUGUAAAUGAUUUACCAGUUGGUAGAAGUGUAGAUGAAAUAUUAAGAUUAGUUAAAGCUUUUCAAUUUGUUGAACAACAUGGAGAAGUUUGCCCAGCAAAUUGGCAACCAGAUUCAAAAACUAUCAUCCCUAAUCCAAAGGACAGUAAAACAUAUUUCAAAUCUGUUAAUAAGUAAUAAAUUCAAAUAAAUUUUAAUAUAAAAUGAUA